CCAUACCCAACUGAUUAACAACCGUUUAGGUCAGCAUGUCGCGCGGAAAACCGGUAAACUAGACCGGUGGUUGCGGCUGUGUGGUCACAGAUUACGCUGAGCUGUCGAAAUGAGGACACGGCUCGAGUCUCUUGAAUAAAAAACGUUCACCUCAUUAGGAACACAAAGGGAAACUAAUCCCUGACCCACGCGUUUGGCAGGAUUUGAGGCGUUGGUGAGCGUGAACGCACUGACAUUCAAAACAGUGAUUAUUAUGUUUGUUAUUUUCAUAGUACCGCACCUUGUGGAUACAGUGGACAUGGCAGCACUCACUCAGGCGUCAAUUUCUCCUCCCGAAACGUCACUUCCACGGGAUAUCUGAAACUUUUCCAACGCUGCAAUACCGUGGGAGUCUAUGAGACUGUGUGGGAGGGAUCUCCCGUCCUAAAUCAACUAGCUGGGGAAACUUUUCGGGAGUUAGGAUUCUGGAGGCUACUAUAGCGGCGCUCACCGUCUCACUCUAUUUUUUGAAAAUGUUGUUUGUCUCUCGAGUCUAACACAACAAGGAAGUAUUCACAAUAGCCUUGCUGAUUUGGUGGUUGGUUGGGUAACGAGACACUUUUUUUGUCUAGUGAGUAGGUACACGUUUGAACCUUUUUCGAUUGGAUAUAUUGCGAGCGAUUCCGCAUCAUGUAACAACGGAUGGACAAUGCGCUUCCGAUGCGAACCGAUUGAAUAACUUCUAACCUAUUCAAUUACUUGUUUUCUUCGUUAUUAAUUUAGUUAUAAAAAGGAAUAGGACAGAACAUUUGGCCAUAUUGUUGCAGACAUUUGGCAUAGAAAACCCACCCCAAAAUGUGACACAUCAAGAGGUAAAAGCGAUAAUCAAAACCCAAUUGUAUAAACAUGUUCGAGUCAACUAUCACCGUCAACCCACGGUGACUGAUCCCUAAAGUGGAUCCCCCUUCCCCGGUAUUAUUCUAGCUCGUGCGUGUCCGGUGAACGAGGAGAUGAGCAAGGCGAGAUGGGACAGUGUCUCAGUUCAGAACAAGACCUAACGGAGGAGGGGAAGAAGGCGAAGCUUCAGAGCGCGAAGAUAGACAGGGACCUGUAUGAAUACGCCAAGAGGGAAAUGAACGUGGUCAAAAUUCUAAUGCUCGGAGCAGCAGAGAGUGGGAAGAGUACUCUGGUCAAACAGAUGAAGAUCAUCCACAGCCACGGCUUUACCAAGCAAGAGCUGACCAGCUUCAAGGUGCACGCCCACUCUGUGUUGUCCUGUGGGAGGUGUUUUGAUGAGGAUCAGGUGCUGUUUCCUUUCAUUGGCCACGCCCUUUCCUGUCUGUGGGCUGACCAGGGGGUCCGAGAGGCCGCAGCCAGGGGUUACGAGUUUGAACUCAACGACUCUGCCCUGUAUUUCUUUGGGAACAUGGGUCGUAUCAUCUCUCUGGACUACGUUCCCACGGAGACGGAUGUCCUGAGGGUCAGACUGAGGACCACUGGGGUCAUAGAGACGCAGUUCAAAGUCAAACACCUGCUCUUCAGGAUGUAUGAUGUAGGGGGUCAGAGGACAGAGAGGAGGAAGUGGAUUGGUUGUUUCGAGGACGUCCGGGCCGUGGUAUUUGUUGUUUCUCUCAGUGGAUACGACAUGACUCUAGUAGAGGACCCAUGUAUGAACCGCCUACAGGAGAGUCUGAAACUCUUCUCUUCCAUCUGCAACAACAUCUUCUUCAAGAGUACCUCAAUGAUCUUAUUUAUGAACAAGAUCGAUCUUUUUCAAGAGAAGAUUUUACAUUCGGGGCGGCAUCUGCGGCUGUAUGUGCCGCAGUUUAAAGGUGCAGACUGUGACGUUGACGCUGCGGCCCGAUACAUUGCCGGAAUGUUUGUGUCUCUCAACGCCACGCCCAGCAAACUCAUCUACCACCACUUCACCACGGCAACGGACACCUCCAACGUACAGAUUGUCUUCCAGGUCGUCAUGGACACCAUCAUCAAAGAGAACCUAGAGGCCGUCUCUCUGCUAUGAUUGGUUCUAAGAGUUCCUAUGAGUUCUAACAGUUCCGAUGGUGCUGGUUGGCUUCUGGACUCUGGGGUGAAGUUUCCCUCGGUACAGAGCUAGACUCAGCUUCCCCUCACCAAAUCAUAACCUUAAAGGGUCAAUCAGCUGUUGCUACGUCCAUUUUUGGACUUAGCAACUGGCCCAUUGAUUCUUGAAGAAUGGAACUUAUAAAUGGCUCAUGAGCUUAAUUCAAAAUAUACGCUUGUUUUACUCCGUUUGUAAACAACGUAAAUGUGAACAAAUAGCCUCAACAUGGUUCAAACUAGAAUGUUGAUAUCAUGGAUUGACAGUCUUUGCAUCCAUAGCUCUAGCUAUGCAUUUGAGAGAGGUUCCACUUCUCCAGCCCCGUCCCUCAGCUGUUUACCAAAACGGGCGGGGAGGACGCUUUGUUAUUGUUUCAACUGCUGAUUUCCACUUUAACCGUUAGUGGGGAUAAUGGAAAACUGACCCAAGAUCAGUGACUAGGGGCUCCGUCAACCUACUCUGUUUUCUGGUUACGGAAGAAAAGCGUGUUUAAGUCGACUUCAUAAUGAAAGACCCAUCGGUUCAGUUCCUCUGGACUUCCCAGAACGAGGAGGAGGUCUAUUGGAGAACAUUUCACUUCACGGAACGAGGAGGAGGUCUAUUGGAGAACAUUUCACUUCACGGAACGAGGAGGAGGUCUAUUGGAGAACAUUUGACUUCCCAGAACGAGGAGGAGGUCUAUUGGAGAACAUUUGACUUCACGGAACGAGGAGGAGGUCCAUUGGAGAACAUUUGACUUCACGGAACGAGGAGGAGGUCUAUUGGAGAACAUUUGACUUCCCAGAACGAGGAGGAGGUCCAUUGGAGAACAUUUGACUUCACGGAACGAGGAGGAGGUCCAUUGGAGAACAUUUCACUUCCCGGAACGAGGAGGAGGUCCAUUGGAGAACAUUUCACUUCCCGGAACGAGGAGGUCCAUUGGAGAACAUUUCACUUCCCGGAACGAGGAGGAGGUCCAUUGGAGAACAUUUCACUUCCCGGAACGAGAAGGAGGUCCAUUGGAGAACAUUUCACUUCCCGGAACGAGGAGGAGGUCCAUUGGGGGAACAUUUCACUUCCCGGAACGAGGAGGAGGUCCAUUGGGGGAACAUUUCACUUCCCGGAACGAGGAGGAGGUCCAUUGGGGGAACAUUUCACUUCCCUCUCCUUGUUUUUGUGAACAAUCAUGGACUAUGGUACAUAUUUAUUUGUGUUAUUGUUGUUGCUAUGCAACCCUAAUCAGAAUAGGAAUAAUACAACAUCAACAUUUUAAUUCUUAACAUACUUGUUAUAUUUCUGAUUCAUAUCAGAGCUCAUUGGAGGGACCCUGUAGACGGUAAUGAUAGGUUUCCUCUCAUCUUUGGUUGCUCGGUUACAGUCAUCCGGCUAAAUGCUCACUCAGCUUAGUGCAUGUCUUAGUGUGUGUGUGGGCAGGCAGGAGGAUUUACCGUUUGUCCAUUAGAUGCGCGGGCAGUGUGGUACUGGUGUGGAGGUGUGGAGUUAUGGGUCACUCAUCCAUACAGACUGUGUGUUAAGGGGUUCUCUCAUGCAUACAGACUACGUGCAUUUUCCUCCCAUCCAUCAAUGCCUAUCACUCCUUAAUGGGACAGAGAUCACAGAAAACAACUGGCUUUAUUUAACUGCAGUAAAUCUCAUCACUCUUGUGUCCUGCUCUCCUUUCCUCUCUCUUGCUCUCUCUCUCUCUCUCUCAAACACCUCUUCCUCUCUCUCUCCCUCUCUCAAACACCUCUUCCUCUCUCUCUCUCCCUCUCUCAAACACCUCUUCCUUUCUCUCUCCUCUUUUUUCUUAAUUUACAUGUUUUAUUCUGUCAUUCAUUUGGGGAUUUUUGUCUAAAUUGCUCAACAGACAAGUAUCUGUUGGAAGACUAUUGCUAUCAAACUAUUGUCUAAGCAUUUGAGAAAUAAAAUCUUACCAUUAUGUA